ACCCUCCCUCAGGUAUCCUCUGAAGAGUCUUCCCGUGAAUCCUACGAGUCCAGCGAGGCCCAAUAUGCCUUCAACUACGCCGUGAAGGACGAGUCCUCAGAGAACGACUUCGGCCACGCAGAAUCCCGCGAAGGAGAACAAACUCAGGGAUCUUACUACGUCCACCUCCCCGAUUCCCGCCUCCAGAAGGUCACUUACCGUGUGGAGGGAGAUUCAGGCUACGUCGCUGACGUCAGCUACGAGGGAGAGGCUCAGUUCCCCGAGUCCUACGAGCGCUACGAGUCCAAUGAGUCCGACGAAUCCUUUGAGACUCGUCGCUACACUCCACCAAGGCGCGUGUUCACUGCUCGUGACUCCAAUGAAUCCGAUGAGUCUGUGGAGGUUCCUCGGUUCACCACUCCUCGUCCAAGGAGAGUCUAUUCAGCUCCUGACUCCGAUGAGUCUUUUGAAGCUCGCAGGAGAGUCUAUGCUGCCCCAGACUCCAAUGAAUCAUUCGAAGCUCCAAGGAUUGUGUACGGAGUCCCCGACUCCAAUGAAUCUGUUGAGGCUCCAAGGAGAGCCUAUGGAGUCCCAGACUCCAAUGAAUCCUUCUAAGUUCCUCGGUAUCUGCCUCCAAGGGAUACUGACGAGUCAAAGUAAUAUAAAGACAGAAUGGCGACUGCAAUUAAGAAACGAAUUUAAUCUUAUUUAUAUCUUUAUUUAUUAUAAUUAUUACUGUAUCAAUAAGGGUGUAAAAUGAAGCAAAAUAAAGCAAGAUGAAACUUA